AUGUACUGCAACUGGCGAACCGAGGAGUGCGAGGGUCGGCCGCUAUGGCGAGCAAAAGUCAUGCGCGACGGCUGGCUGCUGCUCACAUUUCACCACGCGAUUGUGGAUGAAAAAAGCAUUUGGAUGCUGAUGCGCGAACUGGUCUCCAUAUUAUCCGGCCGCCAGCGCUCAUCGCCAAAAUUUGCCCUAGAUCUCCGCUUGUCCGAGCUUCUUGACCAGCCUUCCUCGCGGUUCACAAGGCUGAUGGAGCAACGGCAGGGCGGCCGUCUUCCAGGAAAAGCUGUGGGCAGGUUGGCUGAUAUGGUCCCGCUGGGAUCCCCGCGCCGAAAGCUGAAGCCGCGUGAGGGCAAGGAAUGGCCGAAGCCAGAUGGUCUGGCACCUUGGCAGUGUCGAAAGACACGCGCACAGGUUGCUUCCAUCCCUCUCGCGGGCAAAUUGCGGGCAGUUUGUCGUGAACGCAACUUGACGGUCAACACGGCUCUCUUAGCCAGCCUGGCCUUAGCCCUUCGCAAGCAGAUGUCUAGGGAGGGGAAGGUGGGCAUGCGCCCAAUCUUGGCCUUUGACGCCCGGAUGCACAUCCCUGACGGUCAGGACUUGUUCGGCUCUUACUCACUUGGGGCCCGAUAUCGCAACGGAUGGGGUACCUUGGAUGUAGCUGAAGAUACGAACUUCUGGGAUUUGGCUGAGUGCUCCAAGAAGGCGGUUGAGGAUGCGACCAAAAGGCUGGAGGCCCACAACAUUGCCUGGUACAUGCGUUUUCUUACAGCAGCAAUGGGAAAGAAGGAUGUGGCAUGGCUGGAAGGCGCCUUGGAUUUGGAUGGCCCCGACCAAGGCCGAACCAACGCCCUCCUGGUAAGCAAUGCAGGAAUCCUGGCCGAGCUGGAAUCUGGCGAUUUCAAGAUUGCACAGUCGCACUUCAUCUCACAUCAAGCUGCUUGGGGCCCUUUCGUGUGGUUGAACGUGAUGACGGUGGAUGAGAACAUCUUCCUUACCCUUUGUUACGUUGACCCUCUAUUGUGCUAUGACAGGGCAGCAGAAGUCCUCGCGCAGGUCAUCUCCAACUUGGAAGCGGCUUGCGCUCCGCUUGAUACCAAGAGCAAGAUCCUGCAAAGCACCCCUGAUGGCAAGGUGGGUAUGCAGGGCUUGGACAAGGAGGUGUGCGUGUAA